AUGCAGUCUCUAUCUGGGCUUCAAGUCAACCUGGCUUCUCAGCAGUUAGCAACUGAGGCACUUUCACCCUCCACCGUGCCUAUCACGGUAUCCAUUUACAACCCCGCCGAGUCACCGAUCACCAUCCUCAAAUGGAAUUCUCCGAUAGAUGCUCGUGCCGGUGUCCUAGGUGUCUUUGAUGUCUGUGAUACUGGAAGUGGGGAGUCCAUACCACUUGACAUCAUCAAAAUAUCACGAAAGCUCCCACCUUCUCUAGAUGACCUAGUGGAGAUAUCCGGCGGUAAAACCGUGCACUUCACUGUUGAUCUGCCUGGAGUUUAUUUCCAGAAGGGGCAUGAGUACUCCGUUUAUGCAGCAGGAACUUGGCACGCUGUAUGGGAAAAGCCACGGUCGGAUGUGACUGCAUCCCAACUGACUGAUUUGGGGAGUGCAAACCGCGGGGAAUUUCACUCCAAUGUUGUUCUUGUCAAACUUCAAUGA